CCGUUCGCUGUUUCGGGAUUCCCUCCGGCAGAAAGCGAUUCUUCAGAAACAAAUGCUGAUCUCGCAGUGCAGCAGGACCAUGCCCAUGCCCGUUCCAAUCCGAAUCCCUGAUCCGAACCCGCCCACUCCUUUCUAUCUCCGCAAGAUCUAGAGCUUUUGUUCUCCACUCUCUGCUCGGUGGAGGCGCCGGAAGAUUGUGGAAGGUGAUCCGGCCAUGGAGUCCAUUCUGGCGCGAGCACUUGAGUACACUCUCAAGUACUGGUUGAAAUCUUUCUCCAGGGACCAGUUCAAAUUGCAGGGCCGGACCGCGCAGCUCUCCAAUUUGGAUAUUAAUGGAGACGCUUUGCAUUCCAGUAUGGGAUUGCCGCCGGCGCUUAAUGUUACGACGGCGAGGGUUGGCAAGUUGGAGAUUGUGUUACCUUCGCUGAGUAAUGUACAAGUGGAGCCAAUCGUUGUGCAAAUAGAUAAAUUGGAUUUAGUUUUAGAGGAGAAUCCAGAUGCAGACGUGGGUAGAAGCAUGAAUAGUAGUCAGACUUCUUCCAGUACUGUGAAGGGAAGCGGUUAUGGAUUUGCUGAUAAGAUUGCUGAUGGGAUGACAUUAGAGGUUCGCACUGUCAAUCUGCUACUUGAAACUGGUGGUGGAUCGCAACGUCAAGGAGGAGCAACCUGGGCUUCACCUUUGGCAUCCAUCACUAUACGCAACCUUUUGCUGUAUACCACAAAUGAAAAUUGGCAGGUGGUCAAUCUUAAGGACGCCCGUGAUUUCUCUGCAAAUAAGAAGUUUAUAUAUGUUUUCAAGAAACUUGAAUGGGAAUCUUUGUCAAUCGAUCUUCUGCCUCAUCCUGAUAUGUUUGCUGAUUUGGCUCGUGCUCAAGAGGGAGCAAAUGGUAGGGAUGAUGAUGGUGCUAAACGUGUUUUCUUUGGUGGAGAGCGAUUUAUUGAAGGAAUAUCUGGUCAAGCUAAUAUAACAUUGCAGAGGACCGAACUAAACAGUCCACUUGGUCUUGAAGUGAAUUUACAUAUCACAGAAGCUGUAUGCCCAGCCUUAAGUGAACCAGGACUUCGUGCCCUUCUUCGCUUUAUGACUGGAUUAUACGUUUGUCUAAAUAGAGGAGAUGUGGAUCUGAAAGCUCAGCAGCGUUCGACAGAAGCAGCAGGACGUUCUUUAGUUUCUAUUAUUGUAGACCAUAUAUUUAUGUGUGUGAAAGACCCUGAAUUCCAGCUUGAAUUUUUGAUGCAGUCACUGUUCUUUUCUCGGGCUAGCGUUAGCGAUGGACAAAAUGAAAAUAACUGGACUAGAGUCAUGAUUGGUGGACUUUUUUUGAGGGAUACUUUUUCACGCCCUCCAUGCACAUUAGUACAACCAGUGAUGCGGGCUGUUACAGACGAUUCUUUACAUGUUCCAGAAUUUGCUAAGAACUUCUGCCCACCAAUAUAUCCUUUUAAGCACAAGCAAUGGGAAUUGAGUGGAAGUGUUCCUUUAUUAUGCCUCCACUCUGUGCAGGUCAAACCUUCUCCAGUCCCGCCAUCUUUUGCUACCCAAACAGUUAUCCACUGCCAACCGCUCACAAUUCAUCUUCAGGAAAAAUCAUGUUUGAGGAUAUCAUCUUUCCUAGCUGAUGGAAUAGUUGGGAAUCCUGGUUCUGUUUUACCGGAUUUCUCCAUAAGUUCCAUUAUACUUACUCUCAAGGAGUUAGAUAUUACUGUUCCAUUAGACGUGGCCAAAUCUACUGAUUAUCAUAGCAGCUGGGACGGGAUCUCUCAAAGCUCUUUUGAUGGAGCUCGGCUUCAUAUUAAGAACAUGCAAUUUUCUGAAUCACCCUCUCUGAAGCUUAGACUACUGAAUUUGGAUAAAGAUCCUGCUUGCUUCCUUCUCUGGGAAGGUCAACCAAUUGAUGCUAGCCAGAAGAAAUGGACCACUAGCGUGUCUCAGAUUAGUUUAUCAUUAGAAACAUACAAUGAAUUGACUGGAUCUAAGAGUUCUGAUGCUAUUUUAGCCUUGUUGAGAUGUGUGGAGCUGACGGAUGUUUCCAUUGAAGUAGCUAUGGCAACUGCAGAUGGAAACACGUUAACAGUUGUUCCUCCUCCUGGUGGUGUUGUGAGAGUUGGGGUUUCCUGUCAACAGUAUCUAUCCAACACGUCAGUUGAUCAAUUAUUUUUCGUUCUAGAUCUUUAUGCAUACUUUGGUAGAGUUAGUGAAAAGAUAGCCCUUGCUGGAAAGAAUAAUCAACCAAAAGAAAGUAGGAGCAACUUGUUGGCUGGGAAGCUUGUGGAUAAGGUUCCUAGUGAUACUGCUGUUAGUUUAUUGGUGAAGAACCUUCAACUUAGAUUUCUGGAGUCUUCCUCCACAAUUGUUGAGGAACGGCCUCUGGUUCAAUUUAUUGGUAAUGAUAUGUUCAUCAAAGUUUCUCACAGAACGCUUGGUGGUGCUGUUGCCAUUUCAUCCACAGUACGAUGGGAUAAUGUUGAAGUUGAUUGCGUAGACACUGAAGGAAAUAUUGCAUAUGACCAUGGCAUUGUUUCAACUUCAAUUGAAAACGGUUCUUUUAUGAAUGGGAAUGGAUUAUCUCAACUAAGAGCAAUCCUUUGGGUAGAGAACAAAAGGGACAGAUUUACAACCCCGUUUCUUGAUAUUAACAUAGUGCAUGUAAUUCCUUUGAAUGAGCGGGACAUGGAGUGUCAUAGUUUAAAUGUGUCAGCUUGUGUUGCUGGUGUGCGCCUAAGUGGAGGAAUGAACUAUGCUGAAGCCUUACUACAUCGAUUUGGAAUUCUUGGUCCUGAUGGUGGCCCAGGAAAGGGUCUUAUGAAAGGUCUGGAGAAUUUACGGGCAGGGCCGCUCUCAAAACUUUUCAAAACUUCACCUCUCAUUGCUGGCAGUUUAGAAGGAGAUGGGAAAGAAAGUCCUCUGUUGCAAUUAGGAAAGCCAGAUGAUGUGGACGUUUCUGUAGAACUUAAAAAUUGGUUAUUUGCACUUGAAGGUGCACAGGAGGUGGGAGAAAGGUGGUGGUUUUAUAAUCCCAAUAAAGAAGGCCGAGAAGAAAGGUGUUGGCACACUUCUUUCAAGAGCUUCCGAGUAAAAGCGCAGAGUAGUCCGAAGGAUCCAGCAAUUGGCAAAGGAAGAUCAUGUGGAGCUCAACAGUAUCCCAUGGAGUUAGUAACAGUCAGCGUAGAAGGCCUGCAAACAUUGAAGCCUCAGGUUCAAAAGAACACCCAACAUACUGUUUCUCUCCUCAAUGGGGUGAAUGAAGCAGUUGAGACAUUCGGGGGGAUAAAUCUUGAAGCUCGCAUGGUGGUAUCUGAGGAUAAUGUUGAUGUUGAGAUGGCCAACUGGAUUCUGGAAAACUUGAAGUUCUCUGUAAAGCAUCCGAUUGAGGCCGUUGUUACAAAGAAUGAGCUGCAACAUCUUGCCUUACUGUUCAAGUCUGAAGUUGAUUCGAUGGGUCGAAUUACUGCUGGGAUUCUUCGGCUACUAAAGCUGGAGGGGUCUAUUGGUCAAGCAGCCUUGGACCAGCUAAGCAACCUUGGAAGCGAGAGCAUUGACAAGAUCUUCACCCCAGAAAAGCUUAGCAGGGGUAGCAGUGUAGCCAGUUUGGGAUUCUCUCCUUCGGCAUAUUUGAUUGGUGAAAGCCCACAACCAACCGCAGAAUCUACGGUGACUUCACUGGAGCAGGCAAUUCUUGAUUCCCAAUCAAAAUGCACUUAUCUCAUGUCUGAACUCGGUAGUUCAGUUUCGCCGGUACAGCAUGUUGCAACUAUUAAACAACUCUAUGAGAAACUCGAGAGUAUGCAGACUUUACUGUCGAGGUUACGAAAUCAAAUCUGAUUUGCAUCUCUAUCGUCUUGUUUAUCCAUGGCUCAUGGAGUCCGAGGUUCCUCGGAUUGGGGUGGUUAUUCCUGCUUUCAGGUGCAAGCUACCUUGAGGUGACCAGUAUUUACUCAAGGUCUGGAACCUGCAAUUGCCAUGCUCGUCUCCCAUAAAACUCGUGGGUUGAUUCGAGACUCGUGUACUUCAAGAUAAGAAGAGGUAAUUUCCCAAUCAUAUAGGUCACCAUUCUUUCUCCGGUAUAUAUACAUAUAUAGAUAUAUAUACAAAUGCAAGUUGAGUGUAUGCAAUAUAGCUUGGAAGAAAUGAUGAAACAUUUCAUCUCUGUAGACUUGGAUUCUUCACUGAGAAGUGAUGAGUUUUGUACAUGAUUUUACUGUGUAAGAUAUAAAUGAUGCUUCAUUUUGUAGAACAUGGAGGCAUGUUUGGUAAUACUCCCGUUUCUUUUUAUUCA